AUGAGCUUCGAAGAUGUUUCCUACUGUCCGACGCGGACAAAUCCAUGGGGUAAUGAGGUUGCCGUAAGCUCAUAUGGCGAGCCGCAGUACGCAGACUACUCAAAGGUUGAGUACUUCCAGCCCUCAGAUGCAGAGGAGGAUCAAAAGCCGAUAGACCAGAACGGAGACGGACAAGAUGGGGGUAUACCGGCGGAGGACGAAGAAUGGGAAACGCCCAUGACGGCGACCCAGAGAAAGGCCGCCAAAAAAGCAGCGAAGAAGGCAGCAAAGAAAGCCGAUGCUGAGGUAGUGCCGGAACCAUCCAAGGCCGAGGAGCCAGAGGUUGUACCGGAAGAUGAACCGGCAACCACGGGCAAGAAGAAGAAGUCAAAAAAGAAGAUCGCCGUUGAGGAGACGCCUGCUCCUCCAGCCGAUGACGGCGAGACUUUGGAAAGCUCAAAGUCAAAAAAGAAAUCUAAAAGCAAAAAGGGCGUUGAGCUUUCCGAAGACGAGGACGACAAGAAGGGAAAGAAGAGCAAGAGCAAGAAGUCUGACCCUGAUCCGCCACCCGAGAAACCAAAGGAACAAGCAGCCUUGGAGGCUGGCGAGGACGAAUGGGAUGAGUCCAAAUCAAAGAAAAAGUCCAAAGGAAAGAAGACCGAUUCAGAGCCUGCCCCGGCGGAAGAGCCUGCUUUAGAGACUCCAAAGUCAAAGAAAAAGAAAGGCAAAAAAGGUGCUCCUGAGCCAGAGCCAGAGCCAGAGCCAGAGCCAGAGCCAGAGCCAGAGCCAGAGCCAGAGCCACCGGCAGAAGAACCAAAGGCCAAGGAGGAGGGUGAGGAAGCCACGACUGAUGGGCCCCCAGCACCUGGCGAGGAACCACCUGCGCCUGCCGAUGAGCCCUCAGCAACUACCGAGGUCACUUCACCUGCGGCCGAUGAGAUUGUCUUUGAGGAGGCGAAAAAGUCCAAAAAGGAUAAGAAGAAGAGCAAAAAGAAGUCAUCUGAAGAGCCGCCGGCACCAACACCUCCUCCUGUCCUGGUCGAGGAGGUCAAGACCUCUAAAAAGGACAAAAAGAAGAAGAGCAAAAAGGGUGCAACGGACGACACUCCGCCGCCGCCACCGCCUUCUGCCCCCGUAGAAGAUGCGGCUCCAGCAGCUCUCGAUGCAGAAUCGGCUCCUAGCGCAGUCGAGGAACCGGCCGCUCAACCCGCCGAGGAAGCGACUGCGCCUAGCACCGACGAGAAACCAGUAGAUGCGGACCCCGCUCCAGAACAGCCACUAGCGGAUGCUGAGGUCGCUGUUGAUCAGAAAUCCGAUGAGCCUACUACUGAGGAGGCUGCCCCACCAGCUAGCGAACCCAAGCCCUCGGAGACUGCAGAGGAUGCAAUUGCUGUGCCAGAGGCUGAGAAAGAUGCCACGGCCACUGAAGAACCAGCAGCGCCUGCUGCCGAGCCGACACCUUUGCAAACUGUAGAAGCAGACACUGCGCCAGCUACUGAUAAAGAUGCUGUUGUCGCUGAAGAGGCAACAUCGCCGGCUGCUGAUGCGGAAACUCUUCCAAAGUCAGAAGAGCCUGCCGCAGUAUCUGACGAGAAGAGUGCUGAAGUAACUGCCGACGCUGCUGAUGUCCCAGUUACCGACAAGGCGGCCGAUCCGGCCGUGGAAGAAAGUGCCCCAGCUGCAGCAAACCCGUCUAGUGAGGAUGGUCUACCUCCCGCUGCCGAGGAAGCGGCACCUGAAAAAUCUACAGAGGAAGCUGCUUCCAUUACCGAGGAAUCGACAACGGAAAAGGCCUCGGAUGAAGUUGUUCCCACAGCCAAGGCUGCAGAUCCUGCAGUGACUGAAGACUUAGUUUCGCCAACCAAUGCUGAUGAAGCUGUCCCGAAUACCGUCCAAGCACCAGAACCUUUCAAUGCUGAAAUAGCGGCCGAUUCAACUACCAAGGACGAAGCCCCCACGGCUGCCGAAGACGUCCCACCACCUGCAAAUGCAGAGGAAGCUUCUCUGGCCACUAACGAACAAGCAACCUCGAAAGCAGAUACUGCAGCUGAUGAGGCGAUCAAAGAAGACGCUCCUGCUGUUUCAGAAAAGGAUGGCCCUGAAAAGGUCGAUGGGCCCGCGUCUUCGAUCGAUGAGCAACAGCCCGCCACGAACGCUCAAGAGAUCGAUGUUUCAGACACCCAAGACCAAGCCGCUGCUUCCCAUGAGAUUGCUGCUCCGGUUACCGAAGAGUCUACGCCUGCGCUAGUUACAGAGGCCAUCCCUCCAGUUUCUGAAGAGGCAGCAGCGACAGCAUCAUCUCCCACGGAAGAGACCAAGGCUGUAGCCGAUGAGAUGGCACCUUCUGAUGACAAGGACGAGAGCACCCUUAACCCUACAGAGGAAGCUCCCGCGGUCACAGAAGAAGCGCCAAAGGGCCAGGUCGUCGACGCUGCUCCACCAGCAGAGCCGCAGCCUGCAACGCCUGUGCCAGAGAAGGAACCCGAGGCAGAGUCGUCGCCGUCUUCAAAGAAGGAUAAAAAGAAGAAGAAGAAGGGCAAGUCAGGCACAGCGACUCCUCAGGAGUCCGUUAUUUCAUCUCCGCCGCCUGUGCCAGAGCCAGAGAAAAUACCAGAGUCUGAACCGAAGCAAGAACCGGAACCUGAUCUGAAGCAGGAACCGGAAUCUGAGCUGAAGCAAGAACCAGAGCUUGAGCUGAAGCAAGAACCGGAGCCUGAGCUGAAGCAAGAACCGGAACCUGAGCUGAAGCAAGAACCGGAGCCUGAGCUGAAGCAAGAACCGGAGCCUGAGCUGAAGCAAGAACCGGAGCCUGAGCUGAAGCAGGAACCGGAACCUGAUCUGAAGCAGGAACCGGAAUCUGAGCCGAAGCAAGAACCAGAGCUUGAGUUGAAGCAAGAACCGGAGCCUCAGCAGUCCGCUUCUUCCAAAAAGGAGAAGAAAAAGAAAAAGAAGAAGGAAAAGAUUGCUGCUGCCACAGAGGUAACAGACGGGGAUACUUCCUCGCCCGUGGCGCCAGCCCCUGUUGAGGCAGCACUGGUCGAGACAGCUCCGGCAGAUGCGGUAGCCGUUGAGGCAACAGGGGCAGCAGAAGCUGAGGCAGCAACCGUUCAGGCAGCUCAUGACGAUGCAGCUCCCGCGGAGGCAGCAACACCAGCCGAAGCAGCAGUACCCGCCGGAACAGAGGCGCUGGCCGAGAUAGCUCCCGUCAAUGUCCCUCCCGUUGAGGCAGUAGCACCAGCCGAGGCAGCACCAGCAGAUCCAAACGACGCUGAGGCGGCGUCAGCGGCAACAGCUGCAGUGGAUAUAACACCGGUUGAAACGGCUCCCGUCGAAACGGCUCCCGUCGAAGCAGCGCCCAUCGAGGCAAAUCAAUUGAAGGUGGAACCCGUUGAAGCUGAAAACGUGGAUACAUCUGCUUUGGAUGCUGCUUCUGCAGAGCCAGAGACUCUAGCAGCACCAGUAAAGCCUGACAUAGACGAGUUAUCUUCUUCAUCCAAAAAGGACAAGAAAAAGAAGAAGAAGAGCAAGGCUCUGGUUGAUGUGGCUCAUCCUGAUGAGGUUAAAGCUCCCGUGGAACCAGACGCCAGCGUGGCGGAUGAGGCGGCGACACCGUCGAAGGACAAGAAAAUGGAAGAAGAGGGCGUAGAUGCAACCCCUGUCGGAGUUGUGGCAGCAGUCGAGGAACCACAACCGGAACCGGUAGUGCUUUCCAAGAAAGAGAAGAAGAAAAAGAAGGGCAAGGGUGCAUCUGAUUCCGAGCCUGUUCCAGAAGUACCGCCUCCAGUCGCGCAAGAAGAGCAAUUGCCUGCAUCUUCGAAGAAGGACAAGGAUACGGCCGACGUUGAAGCUGAAGUCGGCGACGAAGUCAGCCCUCCAGCAGCGCCAGAGGUCCAAGAACCCGAAGAGAAUUUGGCACCAUCCUCCAAAAAGGAUAAGAAAAAGAAGAAGAAAGGCAAGGCUACUGAACCUACGCCCGUCGAAGACCCUCCAACUCCGAAGGCGGAAGAGCCCGAAGAAGAUUUGUCGACGCCGUCCAAGAAGGAAUCCAAGAGCAAAGACAAGAAGGACAAAAAGAGCAAGGCAAGCAAAGCAGUCGCAGCUGCAGCGGUUAUUGCACCUGCAGCAGUCCUUGCCGCAAGUGCCCUCGAUGCCGAUGAGCCAGAAGAUCCGCAAGUCGCUGAUGACAGCGGCGCAGUGAACCUAGAGGAACCGGCGGCUCUCGCAGAGGAUAACGCGCCACCGGUGGCAGAGGUUCCGUCUGAAUCUGUUGAUAUAGUCGAGCCCCAGGAAAGUGCUGCCGUAAACGACGCAGUCGCCGUAGCGACUGGCGAAGAACCGACGCAGUUGGCUGCUCCUGACGAGAGUGGGUCUCCCGUUUCAGCCGAGAAUGAGCCGCCGACCGCAGUAACCCAGGCGGAGGAUCCUGCCCCCAAAGACUCGGAGGCCGAUCCUUGCGAGCCGGAGGCGUCAAUCAAACCAGCAGAUGUGGAGAGUGAUGUUAUGCAAACUUCGGAAGUUGUGUCAGCAGACGCACCCGAACCUAAGAAAGAUGCCGUCGAGCCCUCGGAAGGCAUGCCACCAUCCGAUUUGCCUCCCGCUUCUGAGCCGAACGGAACGCCUGAGGACGCAGAAAAGAUCGUACCGACAGAAGAACUUGGAAGCGGCAUGGAAGCUGAGGAAACUAUCGAUAAAGCCGCCGAGGCCCCUGCCGGCGAUGAGCAGGCAGCUGUUGAAGCCGCUGGUAUGGCGCCGCCUCAGGAGGAAGCUACUGUCAAAGAAUCAGGGCUCGAGCAGGACGGAAGCUCACAGCAGCCUGUUCCAGAGGUUGAACCUGCUUCUGUUCAUGUUCCUCCUGAGAUUGAAGCCGAGGUUCCUCCAUCGGAGCCCGCGAACGUGGAAGAGGUUGCCGUAUCUGAAGAGCCCCAGCCUGUGGAGCCCAAAGAAGACCAGCCACCUGCCCCUGAAAGCAGCGAUAUUACCCAAGACAAAGCGGCCGAGGCAGACGACAAGCCUGUGGGGGAGCCAUUGACAGCAAUAGAGCCUGAGCUCGCCUCUGACUCCCCAACGGUGGAGCAGCCGACCGCACAAGUUGAUGUCGCACCAGCAGCUGAUGCCUCAAUCGAUGAAUCUGAGACUUUGGGAGAAGCCCAGGAUAAGGUGGUUGAUAAGGCACCUGCUGAAGACCUGGAUGUCGAGUCUGUGUCAAAAGAUAGCUCUGCGGUUGAAAUUCUGGAGCCAGUCAACGUGCCUGAAGCAUCUCCUCAGCCAGAUGAUGAAUUAGCGGCCGUAGAGAUCUCGAGUGAAGAGCCUGCAGCAGAAGCAGUUGAGGAGCCACCAGCGCCUGUGGAAGCAUCGCCGACCGAGCCAGUCGUUACCCCCGAGACCGGCAGCAGUGAUCACGAUGAAGCAGCCAGCCCGAAUAAUGUCUCUGAAGGCGACAUUCCUCGUGCAGAAAAGCCUGAACAGGAUUCGCCAACUGAAACUGCGGACAAGCCUGUUUCCGAAGACGAAGAAAACAACACUGCAGAGACGUCUGAUAAGCCUGCGGAGCCAGAGGCCGGCAGCACUGAUCCCGAUGAAGCAGCUAGCCCGAAUAAGGCCCCGGAAGGCGACGUUCCUCCUGCAGAAGAACCUGAACAGGAUUCGCCAACUGAAGCUGCAGACAAGGUUGCUCUCGAAAACCAAGAGGAUACCACUGCAGAGACGUCUGAUAAGCCUGCAGAGCCAGAGGCUGAUGCAGCCGAAGUUGCUAGCGCUGACCCGGAGCCGAAAUCUGACACAGUUGAGCCAGCUGAGAAUCCCGUAGAAGCAGAUACACCCAAGGACUCGGAUGCUGAGGCAACUACAUCUGUCAUGGCGACUGGUGACGCUAGCGAGCAAACCAAACCUGCAGAGCUCGUCGAGGUCACCGAGCAGCUUCCGGUUGUCGAUGCGGCUGAACAGACGCCAGAGCCGGUCGAUUUGGCUGAAGUUUCUCAGGAGACUACAGCUGUCAACGAACAAGCGGCCACUGAUGCUGAUACGGGCUCGGUGGAACCGCAAGUCGAGCCGGCUGCUGUUCCAGCAGAGGAGCCCUCUGAUACUCCAGCAGAAGCGCCUGUCCCAGCUGAGGAUCUGGCUUCAACUGUAGAUGCUACUAGUUCGCAACCGAACGAGACCGCUGUGGAUCAGGCAUCUGCCAGCGACAAGGUGCCAACUGUCGAGGAGACCGAGGAAUCACGUUUAAAAGACGUGGAGUCCAAUGGCAGUGCGGUCGUCGCAGAGAUUGCUGAUCAUUCUGAGACACCUCCGGCAGACGACCCUCAGGGCGCCUCUGAUGAUCAGCAGAUUGCUCCUGAGGAGAAUGCCGCAGACGUGAGCAAAGAGGAGCCAGCGACUGCGCCCGUCGACCUUGACACAAUCGCAGUGUCAGAUGCCUCUGCAGCAGAGACUGUCGAUGCGGACAAGGGCGUGGCGGGGAGUGAACCUGUCAUAGAGCCCGGUCCAGCCGCGGAUGAUGCUAUCACUGAGCCUGUUAUCGAGAAUCCGGCUGACGAAGAACCACCAGUAGUCGAAGAUGUAACCGCAGCGGACGAAUCUGCUCCUCAGGAUGCCACUGCAACUCCAGGUGAAAAUUCGGACAACAAUGCCGAAAAGGUUGCCAUUGAGCCUGAGAUCGUGGAUGCGCCUGCGGCCACCCAAACUUCUGAGAGCCAGGAAGAGGGCCCAGCAGCACCUGAACCAGCUACUACUUCAGAAGAAGUUAAGGCUGCUGCUGAUGAUGGAGCCGCUGCAGUCCAAAAAUCCCCCGAGGGCCAAGAAGAGAGCUCAGAGGCACCCGAACCAGCUCCCACCUCGGAGGAUGUUGAGGAUGCCGCUGAUGAAGCCGUUGCAGUCCAAGAAGCCCCCGAGCCGGUGGUCAAAGAAGACGUUUCACCUACUGAUGGUGAUAGCCCUGCGGAAGCCGACGCGGAAUCAAGCGUCAAGGUUGCUACUGCGACCGAGGAAAAGGCUGCUGACGACACCCCCGAGGAACCUUCUGAUACCGCGGGGCCUGCUGCUGCGGCUGCUACCGAUAGCGCUGAAGUAAACGACAGCGGCGCCGUAAGUAAAGAAGUUGAAGAAGAGCCAGCAGCUGAAGCCCUUGCCAACGGAUCGCUGGUCGAAGAAAGCAAAGCCAUCGAAGAGCCAGCUGCUGAAGCCGCAGUUGAAAACGCAGCCGAAACGGCAACGGUCUUGGAAUCUGAAGCUUUGGAAGAGUCCCCUAUCGAUGAGACACUCGUUGAGCCAGCCACAGCAACUGAAAGCGAUAUGGUUCACGAAGACAAUACAGAGAAAGAUGCGCCUGAAGCCGUCGUAGAUGACCUGACUCAGCCGGUAGCACCAGAGGAGACAGUGCCCGUGGAGCACAGCAAUGAUGACAAGGAGACUCAGGCCGAAGCCCCCGCCCCGGCCCAAAAGAGUGAACCAGAGGCCGAUAUUAAGGAAUCGGCAGAAGCCGCCGAAGCUGUCGAGGUGCAAGCAGCCACAGAGGCCGAGUCGCAAGCGGAUCAGACCGCUGGCGAAAGCUUGCCAAGUGAAUCUGAGCCAGAACCAACUCCCGAGGUUGCCAGUGCGCCUGUUCCUGCCCUUGCUCACGAAACUAGCCCCGGAGACGCUCCCGAAGUGGAGGCUCCCCAGGAAAUUAUGGAAGACGAGUCUGUGGAUGAGGGCGAAAAAUUCAACAUGAAGGAAGCAGCAGUGGCAGCCGGUGCUACUGCAGCUGUUGGAGCAGCUGGACUAAUGGCCGCACGCGCAAUGUUGUCCAAGGACAAGGGCGAGAAGUACGAAUCGCAGCGCAGCGUCGAUACAGAGAAACCGAAGAGGCCGACCGUCAAGCUUGUUAGUUCAGGCACGCAGACCGAUAUCACACGGCCCAGAACUCCAUUCGAACUCACUGCAUCCGGCUCGAGGGAUCCAAUCAGGGCACCGACGCCUGGAGUGGUGCUCCCAGAUCUGAAAGACGAACCUGCUCGACAGAUGAGCAAGGCGAGGAGCCUGAGAAGACAGCGUAAGCUCUCCAUCCAGAACGCUGAGGAGAUUGUUGCCACUGCCGUCAUCCUCUAUGCCACUUGCGAUGUUCUGAGCCCCAAGGGAUCCCCGCGCUUGUCGCCCACCGGAAGCCCUGUUCAGGGGUACGGGUGGCGUGACGUGGGAACAAACCCUUUCUCUCUGAGUCCAGAGAGGCCAACGGCGGCGGAAUAUCCAGUGAAGAGGAGCAGGGACCGUGACGUGGACCAGGCGCUUCGCGAUUCCGUUGCUGACCUCUUUGCAGACGAUAAACGAUCGGUGGCGGACCCCGAAUCUCCUCGGACACCGCGUAGUGGCCAUCACCACCGUUCGAGCCAUCACUCUUCCCGGUCAAGUCGCACUCCUAGGGAAGACCGGACUCUUAGGGAAGAACGCACCCCAAGAGACGAGAAUGGCGACGAAAAGAGGCACCAUCGCAGAAGCCGCCCUGACCACCAUCGCGAUGCUUCGGGUUCCAUGUCUUCGCCCUCACACAAACCGAAGCGCCAGGAUAGUGGAUAUUCGGAGGAGUCACAUUCUCGAAAACACCGAACUCCCGAAGAGCAGCAAGAACAUGAGAGGCGUCGCGCUGAGCGUCACGCUGCCCGCUCCCCCGAGGAGCAACAAGAACACGACAGGCGGCGUGCUGAGCGUCAUGCCGCUCGUGCGCUACGUGAAAAGGAACGAGGCCACGGCUCACCUACGCCGGCCCCAACCUCCCCGCCCGUGAGCACCAGCGACAGGGCGAGGUCGAGGCGACACAGCCACAGAUCUGCAGCACGGGAAGAGAUGCCGCCACCUCCACCGUCAAAGACUGGCCUCUUCGGCUCAAGCAGGAGUCGUCACUCCAAGCCUGCUGACGGUAUCGACUAUUCCUACGGCACGGGUGAAAUCCCGCCUGCCCCCGCUCGCAGCAGCAGCAUGAGAGAUCGAGACCGUUCGAUUGUCCCCCCGCCUCCGGAAGAACCUCUUCCGGAGCGUUCACACACCACCAGGUCACGGCACCGAUCCAGCCGCGUGACCGAAGAUGCCAAUACCUUGCGCAAACUACAAAAAGCCCGCGAAAAGGUCGCCGAGGAUGCCAGGCGCGCCGCGGAGGAGUCUGGCUCGGGGAGGUCCUCCCAAGACUUUGCGCGGUCGAGGCGGGCGUCUCGGGAUGCCGUGCGUCCUAUGCGGGCAAGCUACGAGCCAUCGUCCCGGGAGAGCCCCACAGUUCGCUCGGUCGACAAGACCAAGGACGACCUGGAUCAGCCGCGCGAAGAGGCGCUCCACCGCCGGACUCGCUUCGAGAAGAGGGAGCAGCUCCAGAGGCGGGCAACCACGGCAGGGCGCGCGGAGCGCGAUAAGGAGGAUAUCGCGGAUGCCGAGGAAGAUUCUGACAACGUCAGGGACAACAAGAAGGAGAAGAAGGGAGGUUUCCGAGCGGUGUUCAAGAGACUGUUUACGUCAUGA